AUGUCAGCCACCAAGGCGAAAGUUUUGAAAAUAAUUAGUGAAAACGGCGUUGUUGUUUUUUCGAAAGCUUCUUGCCCGUACUGCACUGCUUCUAAAAAGAAGCUCAAAGACAUGGGUGCCACGUUCACGGUCCAGGAAUUAGAUAAGCUCAAGGAUGGGAAAGCCAUGCAAGCUGCUCUGCAAGAGAUCUCAAACCAACGCACUGUUCCCAACAUCUUUAUCAAGCAGAAGCAUAUCGGCGGGAAUUCAGAUCUUCAGGGGAAGUCUACCAAUGAGUUAAAGAAGUUGUUGAAGGAAGCCGGGGCCAUUUCAGCAUAG